UUUGCCUUACUCAACUCAACUGUCCAGUGCUCAUGCUUAUAAUGUGGGAGUAGCAACCGGCCUCACUUGAGCGCAUUGCCACCCACAAACGCGCAUCCAAUUCGAUCACCAUCCCGUUACGUCCAGAACACAAGAGAUGUGGGAAAUUAUAUUCAUACCUCAGUUUCCCGUUUUCAUUUGUCGUCCGGAGCGGCCUGGGCGCCGCCUUCUUACCAGGACCGGUGAAAGAAGCCGAGCGGCCUGGAGCGUUGGGUCUCACGGUGGCACUCGAAUGUCCGCUGCUCGAGCUCGCGAACGAGCUGAUGCGACCAUGGCCGUCGUCCCUCGUCAUUUCAUCACCUUGUGCUCUGGGUUCGGUAGAUGCUUUCUUUGCUGGUCGUCGCGUCGCGCCUCUUCUCGUCUCGUUUGGGUUGGGUUGGGUUGGGUUGGUCACAGAUUGAGCUUGAGUCGGCCGAGUGUAUGUACGGAGUAGAUGAUGCGUUUGUAGAGAUGUGCGCUGUUUCGUGGGGUAUGCGCUGCGUAGCUACUGUAGGGAUAUGGAUAUGUCCUCCAGGCCGGGUGUGGGAGUGUAUUCUGGUCUGUCUGCCAAUAAAGGUAGGCAAGGUAGUGUGACUAGGAUGCUGCUGUUGUGAUCGUGGAGGGCUUGCAAGAUGGAGUGAUACAUACAC